AUGCCUCAGCUUCCGCAGCUCAACCUCAGGUCGCGGCUUUCUCGCCGGGUGGCCGACUUCAAGCAGGCGACCCAGAGCAAGGAGAACUUCCACAAGUACAUCCAGACCAAGGACAGCGAGAACAACGGGCACUGGUCGUGGAUCAACGAGGAUUUGCUCCCAACGCCGCUCGAGAAAUGCAACUGGCGCUCUCGGAACUAUGUCUUCUUCUACGCAUCGCUGUCCAUGGACAAUUGGACGCUCGGCUCGGGCUUGAUUGGCGUUGGUCUCAACUGGUGGCAAGCCAUCAUCGUCGUCUUCGUCUCGCAGAGCCUGGGCGCAGCGGCCUCGGCGCUGAAUGCCCGUUGCGCUGAACGAUACCACAUCGGAUAUCCGGUCGUUGCGCGCUCGGUGUUUGGCAUGUACGGCUCCUACUAUGCUGUGGCGGCGAGAGCCAUUCUCGCUGCCAUUUACUUUGCAACUAAAGUCUAUACCGGAGGAGCCUUUGUAUCCAACAUGCUGCAGGCCGUCUUUGGGUCCGGCUACACGAAGAUCCCGAAUCACAUCCCGGCCGACAUUGGCUACACGACCAAGGAGAUGCUAGGGUUCUUCCUCGCGUGGAUAGUCUACGUUCCGAUUGUCUUCCUGCGGCCAUACCAGCUCAGGUGGCUGUUCACCCUCAAGAUCGUCACCAUCAUCCCAACGAUGGUCGGCCUCUUCAUCUUCUGCAUGGUCAACACCAAGGCCGAUCUCGCCCUGAACGAAUUCGCCCCCGGCAAAGGCAGCGUCGGCUGGCUGGUCAUGUACGGCCUCAACUCUGGCCUGGGCUCACACUCGACGCUGGUCACCAACCAGCCCGACUUUUCGCGCUGGAGCCGCAACAAGUGGAAUUCCACCUGGACCCUGAUCUUCUACCCAUUUGCCGCGACCCUCGCCGCCGUCUUCGGCAUUCUGUCCACUUCCGCCAUCAACCAUGCAUGGGGCGUCAAGCUCUGGAAUCAAUGGGAUCUCCUCACGGCCAUCCUCGAGCGCUACCCGCAUUCUAGCGCGCGCUUUGCCGUCUUCGUCUGCGCCGCGUGCUGGGCCAUAUUGACCAUGGGCACCAACAUUGCCUCCAACCUGAUUGCCUUUGGAUCGGAUACCUCCAUGCUGCUGCCUCGCUACCUCGACAUGCGCCGGGGCCAGGUGCUCUGUCUCCUCCUCGCCUGGCCCAUUUUCCCCUGGAAGAUCCUCGCCACUGCAACCACCUUCACCAACUUCCUUAGCGGCUAUGGCCUGUUCAUGGGCGGCAUUAGCGGCGUGAUGAUUGUCGACUACUACAUCUGGACCAAGGGCAAUGUGUUUUUGCCUUUUCUCUUCAACCCGCACAACAACACGCACUACACAUUCACGCACGGCUGGAAUAUCCAGGCCUAUAUGGCGUAUAUCUGCGGCAUUGCUCUCCCACUGGCCGGGUUCUGUGGCAAGCUCGGCGCACGCGGUGUCUCCGAGACUGCAAUGCAUUUGUAUUACCUUGGCUGGCUGCUGUCGUUUUUUGUCUCCAUGUUCACGUAUUCGGCUAUUUGCAUGGUUUGGCGCACGCAGAAUCAAAAGGCGGUUGCCAUACUGGGUCUGGGGUAUGAAGAAAAGGCGACUAGUAGCGACUAUGAUUUUGCCGCGUAUACUACCAACACGGGCGCUAUUGUUGGUGAAGACUUGGUCGAGGAGAAGGUUAUUGUUCCGGAGGAGUAUGAGGUUAAGUAG